AAGCUACAGAUCUCUGCAAUAUUGUGCUUCAAAUGAAAUGUUGCCGUUGAAUCCCUCCUGCUCCAAGCAAACUUGAGUGUUUUCAUAAGCUACAGGUUAUCACGUUCCUGAAACCAAGAUGGAUGGUCCAUUUGCAAAACUUAUCGAACGUUCAGCUGAGAAAGGCAAUUUGAUCUACCCUGGUGUGUUGUUGGCCAAGUCCCUUCCAGUCGAGGAGGUGCUGUCUUUCAUCGAUGGGCAGUACAAGUUAGCCGUUGCAGCCCAUGAUGAACUAUGGAUUGAAUGCCUGCAGGAGCAUUUAGUCGACCAUAUGGCUCACAAUCUGCUCAUUUCAAGGUAUCCACACCUGAAUCCUUCAAAGAAUGUGCUUCCCAAGGAACACUUCCCAGACUUACUCUUCUUCGACCCAGGUAAAGUCAUGUGGGAUCCUGUGUUAAGUCGACAACAUCGUCGCUCUGCUGACCUCCUCUCCACUAGUGCGGAGUUUCGGAAAAGAGCAUCUAGAAUACGUCCUGAGCAACGGAGGCCGCCAACAAGCAGCCAGGGGGAAGAGAGUAAGGAGACUAAAGUGCUUCCAGGUACAGCCCCUCCCCUGACACCCUGCCCUGAUAGCACCGUUAAUGUCAAGGAGUAUAAAGAUGCCAAGCCUCUGGACACACCAACUUCUACUAAAAAGCGUAAGGCUAAAAAAAGAAACUGCCCAAUAACAGGGUGUAAUGCUCGAUUUACAGGGUCAGUUAGGAAACACAUAUAUGACCACAUGCCUGUCUGUCUGCGUCCUUCAAGUGAGACAUAUACUUCCAUCCGAGCUUAUUCUCAGGCAAGAUGCCUUCAUUAUUUUGCAAAGCAUAUCCUUCAAAGAGACAAUCUGCCUGAGCUGGUGUCCUGGUUAAAUGCCAAGGCUGAAGGAGCUGACUAUCAGUGGAACCUGCCAGAAGAUCUUCGUUUUGAAAUGGAGAACCUGGCCCGACAUAUGGAAUGGCCAAUAACUGAUACAAUUAAAGUUGGUCCUGCCAACCAUCCUGCCUCAUUGCUUCACUGGAGGGCUUUGGCAUUGCUAAGGAACGGUCUUCCUGAAAAUACUUUGAAAGGAUUUGAGUUGAUAUCAAGUUUAGGAAUUGAAACAAACCAGGUGAAGAAUAAUUCAGCUGGUUCCACACAGCCAGAGAUGACUGCUUUGAACAUGCAAACUCGUGCAAAUACAGCAAGUUCCCAAGUAAGAGACAUUUGUGCAGCUGCAACUGUUGAGUAUUUAACCACCACUACAAAGGAUUUAACCACUACUACAAAGGAUUCAACCACUACUGCACCAUCAGGUUCCUUACAUAUACAGCCAUCUCAACCUGCCAUUAUUCCAUCCCCGGCUAGGCCACCUGGUCCCUUGCAGGUCCUCCCUGCCCUAGUUGCUAAUUUGCUAACCUCUGUUGCUGCAGGCUCCUUACAGAUGCGCUCUACGCAAAUUUCCAUGUUUCCAAGGCCUGCUGUGCCAUCAUGUAACUCACAGAUACAACCUACCGAAGUAGCCAGAAAUAUAUCAUCCGCCAGGCCAUCAGGUUCCUCACAUAUACACUUUGCCCAAGGAACCACAAUUCCAGUGCCUGCUAGGUCAUCAGGUUCUUUCCCGAUUCCUCCUGUACAAGUAUCCACAAUUCCUACCCUAGCUGUGCCAUCAGGUAACUUUCAGAUGCGCCCUGCCCUAGGAGCCACAAUUCCAACCCUAGCUGUGUCAUCAGGUAAAUUCGAGAUGGGCCCUGCCCUAGGAGCCACGAUUCCAAUGCCCAAUUGGCCAUCAAGUUCCUCACUGAUACCUCCUGUCCGAUUGGCCACUCCAACUUCUGUUGCAUUAUCAGGUUCUGUUCCGAUACCCCUUUCUCAACUUGCCACAAUUCCACCCCCUGUUGUGGCAUCAGGUUCUUUACCAAUACGCCCUUCCCAAGUUGACAAGAUUCCAACUCCUGUAGCGGCAUCCGGUUCCUUACAGAUACUUCCUUCCCAAGGAGCAGAGAUUCCAGUACCAACUAGCACAUUAGACUUCGCCCCACCUUCAAAGGUCCCAAAGCUUUAUGGUUCGAAAAGUUUUUUCCAAACUUCCCCAACUUGGGGUUCUGUGGUUCCAAGCCUUUCUGGGGCACCGGGUUCCUUACAAAGUCCCCAAGCCCCAACUUCGAAAGCACCAAAAUCUGCUGAGCCAUCAGAAUCCUUACCAUACACAACCUCACCUUCCAUGGCUCCAAAUUCCACAAUGGGAUCAGGUUCCAUACAGGUACAUCCAGUUUUGUUACAGCGAACCACUGUGCCUACUUCCAAUGCUACAUCCCUUUCUGAGAUACCAGACUCCUUACAGAUAUCAUUGGCUGCAGCGUCCAAAUUGUCAACCUCUUCUGGAACUGGGAUGUCAGGUUUGUCCCAAGUUGCCAAGGGUCCGUUUCCUGAAAAAGCAUCAGGCUCCUUUAAGACUGGUCAGCUUGCACCAAUCCAGGUUGAGAUCAAAGCAGGGGAAUCAUGUUUUGUGAGGAAUAACAUAAGAGACGUUGUGCAGGAGCCACUCCUCUCUUCUAAGACGAUGCCCUCUUCUGUGGAUAUAACUCAAAAUAGUUCAAGAGAUACUUCUAAUGCAGAUAUUAGUGUCCCACUGAAGGCAUAUGAUAGUCAUUUUCAUUUGGACCAUUUAGAGCAAGAAACAGGAAAGCAGGGACAUGAUGCCAUAGCAGCAGUCACAGGCCGGAGACCCAGGGUCAAUAUUGAGCUAUGUGGUGGAGUUCUCAACUACAGUGACCCUGCUUACUUCAAUCAAAUACACUUCCCAACAAAAUCAUCUUUCAGGAUAGCAGUUGGGAUUCACCCAUGCCAUGCUUUUUGUGUAAGUGAAACAGACAUGAGCCAACUACGCAAUCACCUCUGUGACCUACAGGUGUGUGCUGUGAGUGAAGUUGGAUUGGAUUUCUCUUGCCCCAGAGUCCAGUGGAAUUGCCAGAAGGUGUUGCUACGUAUCAUUCUUGAGAUGGGGGUUGCAGGAAGGGUGCUAAUCCUACGCUUGCGUGCUGACGAAAUCAACCCUGCAGCAGAGAGGCCAUCCAAGGAGUGCAUGAAGAUCAUGUCAGAGUGUAAAGUGAGCCGUCACCAGCGAAUCCACCUCCACCUUUGUGACCUCAACAGUGAAGAGGUGGCUCUUUGGAAGCAAAGUUACCCAGAGUGUUAUUUUGGAUUUAGCAGCUCAUCAGAACAUUUUGGGCUGUCCCAACAAGAAGCUUUGAAACUUGUUCCACAUAAUCGUCUUCUACUUGAGUCUAAUGCUCCUUUCCUUCCAAUUGAUUUAACUGCCAAGUCAAAUUCCCCUGCUUACAUUGGAGAAAUAGCUCAGGUGCUUGCAGAAUGUCAACACCGCAACCUUGAAUCUGUUCUCAGGAGCACUACUGACAACGCAAUUUGCUUGUAUGGCCCCUGGCGGCAUUAACAAUAGUUUCUGCAUUUAGAGAUACCUGCACUUCAAAAUAUCACUAUUAUCACCAACUUUUCUGUUGGUUUUUGUUUUACUACCAAAAUUACUGUAUUCAUGUUUUGGUAAACUAAUGGUUUCAGAGGAUGAUCAUUUUUUCCCCGAUGUUCUAAUGUCCAAUCACGAUAUGGGGGCGUGAUGUAAAUUUUUCUAUUAUAAAAAGGAACAUGAAGAAAGGUUUAAAUAUCUGUUCUAAGUAAUAACUCUAUACGUUAAAUUUAUUGCAUGGGUUCUAACCAGCUUUGUUGCAUGUGGGUGUUUUGAAUAUUGAUAAAAAAAAACUUGAGUUGGCUAUGAAGCAUUGACUUUUCUUAAUGCAAUCUUGCUAUGAUUUUCUAUUAUGACUGUCAAUAUCAAGUCAAAAAUUAGCUUUGUUAUUCAGGUGAUUACAAAGUGUUCUUCUCUUCAGAAGAACUAGCAUAAUUGUAGAUCUCUUCUCUCCUGAAGCAAGAUGGACUGAUGGUGUUGACUGUCUCUCUGGUGACCAGGAGCAUGUGUUGUGCUGCAGCUGACAGUAUCAUUUUCCAAAUUACCGGGAAUGAGAAGAAUUCAAUCAGGUAUGGGAAAUUGAUGAUGGUCGAGCUGAUAUUAGCUUGGUCCCUAGGAAACAACCUUGUGGCACCUCAUAAGUGAUUGGUGAUAGUUUAUUCCAUGUGGUUAAAAGAUCAAUUUUGAUUUCUUUUUCUCAACUCAACUUUGAUACCAUCACCACAUUUUUAUUCUGUCACCUUUAUCAUUGGUAUAGUUUGGAGUUGUAUAUGAGGACUUUCGUUUUGCAAGUGUAAAGAAAUGUCCAAAUACAUAUUAAACUGAAAUAUCUCUUGUUAAUUCAUGUGAGAGACAGUGUGCUCUAUUGUGAUGUUUCCUCUACUCUGAAUUCGAAUUUUCUUCUUUUGUGUUUCCCUGCUACAGAUAAUCAAGUCCUUCCAUCCAUGAUGGAUUCUUCCUAUGCUGAGUUUAUCCACCAUUCAAUUGUGGAAGGGAAGCUGAUAUAUCCAGGAGUGUUGGUGGGUAAUAAGUCCCUA